AUGAUUUUUGAUGAGGAAUUACAACAAUUGCUGCAAUAUUCGGAUUUUCAGCCACGUUUUUUGGAGGAUAUAAAGGGAUUGAAAAACGGUAACGUGAACUCCGAAAUUAACAAUUCGGACAUCGAAGUUAAUCAAAGGUAUUGCCAAAGCCCACAAUGUCGAUUUUUAUUCGUAUAUUCAAAUUCAGGAAGUUCAAACAUAGAUUUUUUAAGUACGUUCGCUUAUUUAUCGAUAAAAUUAAAUCGUACGCUCGUUUUAACCAAUGUGGGACAAUCACGACUUGAUUCGUGUAAAAAGUUUCCUUUUGAAUUUUAUUAUAAUAUCGAGUACCUGCGAAAGAAAUUCCAUAGAUUAUCAUUCACCUCACAAGUGCACUUUCAAAAUUGGACAAGAGAAAGAUUCAAGGAACCGAAUUUUCAUUACUUACAUUUCACAUCAUCCUCAUCCUCAUCCUCUUUUGAUCAAGAUGAAGAUGAUGAACAUAUAGAAAAUAUAAAAUUAAAUGAUCGAUCGGUUAAACGUACCAAUUGUCUUGAAAACUUUAAAAUGAAAUUUAAUAGUAACUUCACUUCAUUCGAAAAAAUCAUCUUUAAAUCGAGAUUGUCAUUAAACUCGUUUGGUGGUAAAAAACUUUCAAAAUCUUUAAUUAAAAAUUUAGAAGGAUCCAAUUCGGAAAUAUUAUUAAUCAAUUAUGAUAUUAAGCGAGAAACCUUUCACCCCGUUUCUGUAAAGUACUUAUAUUCACAACAUAUUUAUCAAGAAGCCUGGGAAAUUAAAAUGGCUCUAAAACCUUUUAUAGCCAUUUAUUGGAAUAUGAUUGGCAUAACAGAUGCGACCAUUUUAUCGAAUUGUGCUGAAAAACUCAUCAACGCCUUAAAAGGAUUAAGAGAAAAUUAUAAUUUAAAUAAUAUAUAUUUAUCGACAGAUUAUCCGAUCUCAUCGGAUUUCACAUCUUUUCGUCAUAUAACCAAAGAUCAUCGUCGAGCAAUUAACUUGUUAAGCUCGACAGUUAACAUUAAUACAUGGUCCUCCUUUGAUGCUUUUAACGAAAUAAGACAAGAGAAAGGAAACCAUGAAGAAUUUAAGGGAACAGGAAUUGUGAGCAUAUUAGAUAAAUUAGUUUGUAUAGAAUCGGAUUACUUCAUUACCGCUCCUUCAGAAUGUUCUUCAAAAUCUACAAAUGAUUUUAUAAAAGAGAUUAUUAGUACAAGACAAGUAUUAGAUGAUGAUGAUAAUCAAAGGAUUCAAAAUAUAAUAUCAAGAUGGUAG